AAGAAGCAGUUAAAGCACUGAAGGAUUAUUUUAGAGCAUACAGUAGGCCAAAGUGCAUCGUAUCCGAUAGAGGCAGUUGUUUCACUUCUACCGAAUUCGAAGAUUUUUUGGAUGAAUAUAAUAUUAAACACGUGAAAAUUGCCACAGGUUCGCCACAGGCAAACGGCCAAGUAGAACGAAUAAACAGGAGCAUUGGGCCAAUGAUAGCAAAGCUUUCGGAACCAGAAAAGGGAAUUCAUUGGGAUUCGGUGAUAGAGACGGUGGAAUAUGCACUAAACAACACAGUAAAUCGAAGCAUAAAACAAGCUCCUAGCAAAAUGUUGUUCGGAAUAAGUCAAAAGGGUAACAUUAAAGACGAGCUUAGAGAAAAACUUGAAGAGAUAGAUACAGUAACUGACAAGAGAGAUUUAAAACUCAUUAGAAGUGAAGCAAAGGAGGUGCAAAGAAGGGCACAAAAUUACAAUGAAACAUAUUACAACAAAAGUAAGACAGAAGGUAAAAAAUACAAAAAAGGGGACUAUGUGAUGGUAAAAAAUUUUGACGCAACAGUAGGAGCUGCGAGGAAACUGAUUCCAAAAAACAAAGGGCCAUAUGUGAUUGCGAAAGUUAUGCGAAAUGAUAGAUUCCUAAUUAAAGACGUAGAAAAUUUCCAAGUUUCACGAAAUCCUUACAAGGGCGUUUGGAGUAUACAAAACAUAAGACCAUGGCUUGGAAAUAAAUAUAAAAGAAAGAAAUAAAUAAUAAGUAAAAACUAUAUACUAUUAAGUAACUGUACAGUUAAUAAACAAAAUAAUAGCAAAUGUAUUAAAUAAGAUUUAAUUAUAUGUAUAUAGACUUAAGACUAAAAAAUAAUUGUUCUUUGUAAAGUCAAGAUCAGGAGAUCUAGUUCGCAGGAUGGCCGAGUUGUAGUAGGACGUGUGCCUACAUACACAUACACAUGUACAUAUUAACUUAACGCUCUCUCGGCUAUCCAAACAUCCGAACUCUCUCUCUCGGUAUUGGCUCUCUUUAUCGAUUUCACAUUCUAUGUUAUACAGAAUUGAGCUACGCGGUCAGUCUUGAUCGAGCAGCGAAAUAAAUCGGACGUUUAGACUGCAUUGAGAUUGUUUUAUUGUGUGCGCGAGACUACCACAAUAUUCUUGAUCAGCGUCAACAGCCGAGACGAUCUAACCAUGUCCGUCUGUCCGUCUGUGUGUCUGUGUGUCUGUCCGUCCGUCCGUAUGAAUACCUAGAUCUCAGAGACUAUAAGAGAUAGAGCUAUAAUUUUUUUCGACAGCAUUUGUUAUGUUUGCACGCAGAUCAAGUUUGUUUCAAAUUUUUGCCACGCCCACUUCCGCCCCGCAAAUCAAAAAAAUCGAAUAACAAGCGUAAAGCUAGAGUUGCGAAUUUUGGUAUAUACAAUAAUUACUAUAGUUAUUAUGAUUCCUGAUUUGGUUGCGAUCAGAUAGAAAUUGUCGAAAUUAUUAAAGAAAUACUUUUGUAUGGGCAAAACGCCUACUUACUAGGGGUCUUAGUUGCUUUGGCUGACAAUCUGGUAUAAUACGCAAAAUACAUUUCUUUUAUUCAAAAUGGGUUGCGGGUAUCUCAAAGUCGAGUACACUCGACUGUAGCUUUCUUACUUGUUUUCUUUUGGUUUUAUGUUUUUAUUUUAAAUUUUGAAUCCACUUCGUAUUUUCUGCUACCAUUAUCAAGAAUUAUAGUUGACACUGUCAGUUCUCUCGGUUCGAAUAGAGACUCAAUUUGCUAUCACCUUCUCUCCCACUAUGAAUUUUUAAUCUGAACCCACAUCCGUUCUACACGUACUAGCUGCUAAAUCUGCCAGCAACUCAAUGCUUUUAGUUUCAAAUUCAUCAUUUUCGCGUACAGUCGAAGCUUUCAAAAUGGGCACAAUAAAAAUUAAAUCAGUCUUCUUACUAACAGUUUUUAAAAUGUUUUUGGUGGCCACAGCUAUUGGUGAGAAGACAUGUGAAUUCGAUCAAAAAAUGGAAGAACAGUGCCGCAUUCAAAGUUAUAAAACUAUGGAACCUUUGCUUGACUAUUUUAGACAGGUUAGAAAUGGGUUACAAUACAAAGAGAUUAGGGAAAAUAAGUUAAAUGAGUUAAAUGAAUUAAAUUCUGAUCUUAUGGAAAAGUAUCACGAAAUUGUAAAAAUUCAUGACAAAUUCAUGAAGGAGGCAGCUCUAUUAGAUGAGUAUAAACACAAAGUACUUAAAGGGGAAAACGAUUUGCAAUCGUGUCAAAUUAAAGUUGAUAAAUUAGAAUCUGAGAUUAAUUCAAAACAAAAUAUUAUUAAAUUAGAAGGACAAUUAUCAGAUCAAUCCCCCAACUUAGAAAAUUGUCAAGUUCAAUUAAAAUAUUUCAAUUCUAGGUUAAUUGAGAAAGAUGAAAUUAUAAAGAGAUUUAGUGAGGAUAUUCAAAAUAACACAGAACAUCAGAAAUCACUUGAGUUGAAAUUAGAGAAGAGUAAAUCUGAAUUAAUAAAGCAAGAGAUAGAUAUUCAGUUAUGCCGAUCUGAAAUUGAUACAUUGAGCAUGACAUCAGAAAAUAUCAGAGAAGAGCAGAAAAUAAUUGAAUCGCAAUUAAAAGAUAAUCAAAGAAAGCUAAUUGAUAAGGUUAUAGAAAAUCAGUUAUGUCAAUCUGAAAUUGAAAUAUUAAGUCCCACAACUUGCAUCCCUUUUGGAGAAAAUUCAGGAGUUCAUCGACUCAAUGUUUCUGGUGUAGGUUUAUUCGAUGUUUUGUGCGAUAGUCAGUUAGCUGGACCUGGAUGGAUUGUAAUACAACAACGAGUUGGGGGAAAUGAGAGCUUCAAUAGGGAUUGGGCAACGUAUCGCAAAGGUUUCGGUGCAAUGGAUAGUGACUUCUUCCUUGGACUAGAGAAAAUACAUCGUAUCACAAGUUUGGAGCGUCACGAACUUUAUAUACAUUUGGUUGCUGUGAAUGGAAGUACCUACAACGCUCGAUAUGACGACUUCAAAAUAUCUGAUGAGGACAAUGGAUACGCAUUGAGUUUGGGUAACUUCAAUGGAACUAUUGUUCGGGAUGCGAUGAGAGAAGGCGAAAACAUGAAAUUCACAACAUUCGAUAGCGACAACGACAUUGGUGAUGGUAAUUGCGCAGAUACAUACAAUGGCUGGUGGCACACGGAUUGUUAUUAUUGUAAUUUAAAUGCACCAUAUGGGCCGGAUCUUGUUUGGUACUUAGAAAAUAAAUUGAAGGAAGCCAAGAUGCUAAUUCGCCCCAUUGAGGCGAUGAAGAAGUGAUGAACUGAAGAGCUGAAAUUCCGAUAUUUGACUCAAUUAUGUAAUCAUUUAUAUAUAAUUGGUGCAUUAGAAAACCAUAAAACGAUCGACAAUUUAAUGCAGCGAUUUAUUUUCUUAAUUAAAAUUGAUCGUGUUUUAGUAUAUUUUAUGUUUUGAUGUAGCAAAUUGUAGUAAGUCUCUAAAUGCUUUCAAUAGAGCU